GGAACCGCCAAACGCUUAUCACCUUCUUAUCGGAAACAACCGCCCCUGCUCAAAGGAUUGACUAUCGAAGACAACAACACAACACAACACUGCGACGCGCCCCUCACCACCUUACAAAUCACACUCGAGACAGUCUGGAUAUAACUUUCAAGACGACCAGCAGUUUCUACAACCUCGUACUCAGUGAGGAAACCAUAUCGGCAACAUGGAAUACAAACCCCAACCCUCCUCCCCUCCCCACGUCCAAGUCCAACCGCGUCUAAUCAUCCACGGCGGCGCCGGCAACAUCACCCCCGCCAGCCUAGGCCCGAAGCUCUACGCCGCCUACCGCUCCUCUCUCCUAACCAUCGUCUCCAAAGCGCACACCUACCUGACCACGCCCCAGUCCCAGUCCGAUUCCAAUUCCACUUCCUCCUCAACAAAACUCCCAUCAGCCCUCGAAGCCGCCACCUACGCCGUCACCCUCCUCGAAGACAACCCUCUCUUCAACAGCGGCCACGGCGCCGUCUUCACGCGUGAUGGAAUCAACGAGCUCGAAGCUUCCGUGAUGGUCAGUCGGGGACAGGCCAAGCGCGGGGUGGGCGUGACUGGGUUGCGCCACGUUCGGAAUCCGAUUCUUUUGGCGAAGAAAGUUUUGGAGCACGGGAGGGACGAUCUUCUGGGUCGUGGAAAGAAGCUGGAUAAUAACGACGGGGAGUUGAAUGUCCCCUCGGCGCAAGGCCAUACGCUGAUCCACGGCCCGACGGCGGAGAAGCUGGCGAGGCAGUAUGGGCUCGAGAUGGUAGAUCCCAGUUACUUCUUUACGCAGAUGCGGUGGGAUCAACAUAUUCGGGCGUUGGAGAGGGAGAAGGAGCACAAGCAGGAUAUGCUCGGCGCUGCUAAUGGUGUUUUGACGGCGACUUGGAGCAAGGACGAGUAUCUCCCGCAGGGAACGGUCGGUGCGGUCGCGCUGGAUGAGGAAGGCGUGAUUUGUGUGGCGACUAGCACGGGCGGCAUGACGAAUAAGUUGACGGGCAGGAUUGGCGAUACGCCUGUUGUCGGGGCUGGGUUCUGGGCUGAGGAGUGGACGGAGGAGGGCGAUCCGACUUCUCCUCAUAAGAACGCGUCGCGGAAUCCUUUGUAUAGCCCGGGACCGGCGGUGGUUCUGUCGGAUGCGCUGAAGGGCCUGAUUGCUGAUUGUCUGCCUUCGCCCUUUCUGUAUACCCCUGCCCACCAACGCUCGUCUGGCGAGUUGAGCACCACUCGGUCGAUUGGCGUUUCUGGAACAGGCAAUGGUGAUUCGUUUUUUCGCACUGCUGCUGCGAGGACUGUGGGCGCCAUUGCUCGGUAUUCUGCCCUUCCUUCAACCGUGGCCCUGACCAAAGUUGCUGGGCCGUCUGGAGAGCUCCAGAAGAGCGCCGAGGAUCGAUGGGGCAAAACUGGCGAAGGCGAAGGUGGCAUUAUCGGACUCGAGUCGGUGGUCGUGCGGGACGCAAAUGGUAAUGUCGUCGAGACUCGGUCCGAGAUCCUUCAGGACUAUAACUGCGGUGGAAUGUUUCGGGCUUGGAUAGACGAGGAAGGUGUCGCAUAUGCUCGUAUCUUUCGCAAGGAUCAGGAUAUCCCAACUUCGUAUAUCGGCGAAGGUAAACCUGAAGAUCCGCGGGUUUGGAGUGGCGAAAAGAUCUAGUAGACUAGUUAGACUGGUUCCCUUUGUCUUGAACACGCUAGCCGGUAACACGUUAGCAAAGCGCAUGUUGUCUUCCAAAAAAAGAGAAAUA